AUGUCUGAGCUCAAACCUCAGCAGCAGCAUUCUCAGCUCGGCGGUCAGCACGUCGAGCUUCAUGAUAAUGGGCAAAUCGAAGUGGUGUUCUCGAAUGUACACAGCACGUGCAAAGCUGCAGACCAGAAGAUGCUUCGGGACUACAGUGGAGCAGCAGCGAAGACUGAGGAAAAGGAGAUCGCUCUUGUGAGAAAGCUCGACCGAAGAAUUCUUCCCACUCUCUGUGCGAUGUAUUUUCUCAAUUAUCUAGACAGAAAUGCCAUCGCCUCGGCUCGUCUGAAUAAUCUUGAGAAAGAUCUCGGUCUCAAGAAGAGCCAGUAUAACACCUGUAUCUCCGUGUUAUUCGUCGGAUAUAUCUUGAUGCAGCUACCAUCAAACAUGCUAAUGGCAUCAAGGCGCAUUCGGCCUUCAGUAUAUAUGGGGAUAUGUAUGGCCUUGUGGGGAGUUGUUUCCGGCAUGACGGCGUUGACACAAAACUACGUUGGCUUGAUCCUCGUUCGCUUCUUUCUCGGCGUCGUCGAGGCCCCUUUCUAUCCCGGUGCCCUCUUUCUUCUUUCUAUCUUCUACACCCGCAAAGAAGUGGCGACACGAAUGGCCAUCCUGUAUUCAGCCAACAUUCUUUCAACAGCGUUUUCGGGCCUUAUCGCCGCCGCAGUCUUUGCAACUAUCGAUGGGUCUCGGGGCCUCGAGGGUUGGAGGUGGCUCUUCAUUAUCGAGGGUAUCUUAACCGUUGUUGUUGCACUCGUUUCGAUACCGAUUCUUCCCGAUCACCCCCUCACGACGACCUGGCUCACGGAAGAAGAACGACAGCUGGCACAUUCGCGAAUCAGUCGUGACACAGUUCAAGAAUCCACCAGCAAGGGCAAGCUUGCGAGCCUAAAGCUUGCGUUUGGAGACCCGAGGCUUUACCUCUUUGCAUUGAUGCAGAAUCUCCAUCUUUCCGCUAACGGCUUUACCAACUUCUUCCCCACCGUCGUCGGAACCCUAGGCUUUAAUCACACACUCACGCUUGUGCUCACCUGUCCACCGUUCGUCCUUGCAGCCAUGGUUGGUCCUCUAUACGGGCUUAGCUCAGGCAGAUAUAACGAAAGAACCUGGCACAUCACUGGUGGCAUGGGACUUGCAUUGCUCGGUUUUAUCACUGCGGCAUGUACCCUUAAUGUCGCUGCUCGGUAUAUUGCCUGCUUCUGCUUCUCGGUGGGCGUCUAUGCAGUCAAUUCGUGCAUCUUGGGAUGGGUGUCUGCAACUCUAGGCCAAACCAUGGAGAAGAAGGCAAUUUCGCUCAGUUUCGUCAACAUGAUGGCGAAUGCAUCCUACAUCUACACGCCUUAUCUAUAUCGCACCGGCGAUGGGCCAGGCUACGUGAUGGCUAUGGGAUGUGAGGCUGGAUUCGCCGCAGGAACCAUCAUCUGUGCUUGGAUCCUCCGGAUAUGGCUUAUGGCCGAGAAUCGCAAGCUCCGCCGAAGCGAGCCGGAGAGCAUGCUUGCGUAUGCAUAUUAG